CGCCCCGCCACAUCACGAGCGCCUCCUCCACAGCCCCAAACAGGCAAUAAAUACAGCUUUGAGCCCAGAAAUCGGCCUUCUCAAUCAGUACCUGCUGGGAGGUUGCAGAGGCCGUUUGCAGCUUGUGUUGUCGUCGCUGUUUGUUCACAACUCUCAAGAUGACUCAUCAGUUCCCAUCCCUCACUCCGGAGCAGAAGAAGGAGCUCUCUGACAUUGCUCAGAGGAUCGUGGCUCCCGGAAAGGGAAUCCUGGCUGCAGAUGAAUCAACAGGCACCAUGGCAAAGCGCCUGCAGAAAAUCAAUGUGGAGAACAAUGAGGAGAACCGUCGUUUUUUCCGUGACCUCCUCUUCUCUUCCGACCCCUCCAUCUCCAAUUGUGUGGGUGGGAUCAUCUUCUUCCAUGAGACGCUCUACCAGAAAUCAGACAGCGGCAAGCUCUUCCCUCAAGUCGUCAAGGAGAAGGGCAUUGUUGUCGGCAUCAAGGUGGACAAAGGCACAGCUGGUCUGAAUGGAACAAAUGGAGAGACCACCACACAAGGUCUUGAUGGCCUCUCGGAGCGUUGUGCCCAGUAUAAGAAGGACGGUUGUGACUUUGCUAAGUGGAGAUGUGUGCUGAAGAUCGCAGAUGGUUGCCCAUCAGCUCUUGCCAUUGCAGAGAACGCCAAUGUCCUUGCCAGAUACGCCAGUAUCUGCCAACAGAAUGGCCUGGUGCCCAUUGUGGAGCCAGAGAUCCUGCCCGACGGAGACCAUGACCUCCAGCGCUGCCAGUAUGCCACAGAAAAGGUUCUGGCUGCUGUGUACAAGGCUCUGUCUGAUCACCACGUGUACCUGGAGGGCACUCUGCUGAAGCCCAACAUGGUCACUGCUGGACACUCCUGCACCACCAAGUACACCCCUCAGCAGGUUGCUAUGGCUACAGUGACCGCUCUGAGGCGCACUGUCCCCGCUGCUGUGCCAGGUAUCUGUUUCCUGUCUGGAGGCCAGAGUGAGGAGGAGGCCUCCCUCAACCUGAACGCCAUCAACCAGGUGCCUCUCCAUCGCCCCUGGAAGCUGACCUUCUCUUACGGCCGUGCUCUCCAGGCCUCUGCUCUUGCAGCCUGGCAGGGCAAAACUGCCAACAAGGCAGCUGCACAGGAAGCUUUCUGCAAAAGGGCCAAGAUCAACGGCCUGGCCUCCAAAGGAGAGUACAAACCCACCGGCUCAGCUGACACGGCCUCCAUGCAGUCUCUGCACACAGCCAGCUAUGUCUAUUAAAUACUGUGAAGUUUAAACCCCCUUCCAAAAAAAUGCACAUGGACCAAAUAUAACUACAAGAAAUGCCACCGUGUUUCUUAUGUGAUUUUCUUCUUCCCUGUAUUACAAAUACCAGGGGAAGACUUCUGUUAUAAUGUUGAACUACUGUUUGUCUACUCAGUUAAAUAACUGGAAAUAAAUUAAGUGACCAAAA